GCCUCUCUAAAAUCCCAAGCAACUCAGUCAGAAAUUGAAACAUUUUACUUGCCAUCAUUAAUAGGAAUUGUGACAUCUGGAGAUGAAAUGAUUGUGACAUCCCCACUGAGAACUAAUAGCAUCUCCUCAAUACUGUUUGGUGGGGCAGCUGGCCGUGUUUAUAUUUACAACGGAAAGCAGGCAUCCUCAGGGAAUGUGACAGGUCACUGCAGAUCAUGGAUAUCUCCCUGUCCUGAGGACUGGGCACAGUAUGUCCUUAUUUCUCCUGAGGAACUAUCAAGAUUUGGGAGUUCUGUUAUUUCUGUGAAAUCUGAAAGCAAGGUGAGAAAAAUUACUGUUGUCAGUUGCUUCAUAACAUCUCCCUACCUCACUUGCAAGUACUAGCUAACACCUCACUUGCAUCUUAGUCGUAGAAACCUUAAGUGCUUCUUAAGCAUAUAAAAUAGUUAAUUAAGUAAUUCUCUGAACCAAUAAUUAAAACCAUUUUAUAGGUGGAUGAGCUAUGGAGUUGCCAAAAUUUUGGAACAUGAAUUGAAAGAAAUCACUUUAAAACGGCCUGAAAUCUAAACUGCUUAGGAGUUUGCUGAAAGGUCGCAUGGUAAAUGGAGUGUAGGUGCCAGCUGGCUUUACUGUUAAUGCCAGCCUGUAUGCAAAGUGGAUACUCAGCUAUGAAUGGCACCCUACCAUCCCUCUCAUUCAGUCUUUACAGGCUUGCUGUACUGGCUAUCUCUUGCAGUAAACACCAUUCAUGUCAAG